AUGCCUCGAUUUUGUGCUGUUCUCAAAUUUGCAGUCCUGCUGAUACUGAGCCAAGACCACUUUACAGCAGCCAAGGCAACAUCAUCAUCAUCAUCAGCUGCAGCAGCAGCAUCUUCAAAACAGCAGCAAUCAUUCAAGAGUAGACCUUUCAAAAGAUCCUUUGUCAAAAGCCCUAGCAUCAACAAAAAAUAUGAAACUGCAAAAUCAUUGGCCGCAUUGGAGCAAGAAGUGGAAGAUUUCAAUGCCGUAUGGGUUGCCAGCGCCAAGGAUUACGCCGAAUCCACCUCUCGACGACGCCUGAUUUGCAUGCCAUUGGACGAUCGAUUUGAUCCUCCCAUGGGAUCUUUCAGUCAUGAACAUGUUCAAACGGGCGAUAAAAUGUCGUUACCUCGAGUAUUGUGGGAUGCCAUUCAAGUCAACAAAGCAGAAGUUCCGUGGUUGUUUAGUGUGAGUCGAAUAGUGGGUGUCACCAAGGAACGGAUUGAUGUUUCGGAAGAGUAUGCGUCAGAAGCCUUGAAUGAAGUGGUGGGUGGUCCGCUGGAUUUCCGAGCGCCUCCCAAUUAUUGCUUUUUGCCCUGGUGGAUGAUGAGAGCCUUGGGAUUGCAUCCCCGAGAUAUAGUGGACGUCAAAUUGGCUCCCAAUAUUCCACCAGGAUCCAUGGUGAAAUUCCGACCGCAUUCAUCCUCUUUUACUACAGAUAUUGCCAAUCCGCAAGCGGUCAUGGAGACGGAAUUGCGACACUAUUCUUCCUUGACCAAAGGGUCUACUAUUGCCUUUGAUUACAAUGGCAAGCGAUAUUGGUUCGAUGUCGCGGAACUUCGAGCAGCUCCCCGUGGAGAGAAGCAACCAAUGGUGAAGGUUCAAGAUUGCGAUCUUGCUUCCGAUUUUUUACCAUCUAGGGAAUCAAAGAUACAGAAAACGAAGGGGGCAAGAAGAGAGGACAGCAUGAAUGAGGAUGAUGAAGAAGAAGACGAAGAGGAGGAGGAGGAGAGUGACGAAGAGGAAGAAGAAGAAAGUGACGACGACGAAUAG